AGUAUAUUGAGAGCCCAAUGUUCUAAUUGUAAUUGUGAAUUUGUUUGAAAAAGUUUAUUGAUGCAUCAUUAACCUAAUUUGUGAUUUUGUUAAUUGUUGGAACAGAGGAAACUUGGAAUUUCUUUGUUAGAUACCUAAUUGUGUAGAAUGAAAUUAGCUGACUAAUAGUUGGUUAAUAUAGUGAUUUUUUCAAUGUGAAUUUUUUUCCUGGUUUUGACUAAUUAAAAACAACACACAUAUUUUUUUUCCUGGUCUUUUCUCCAAGUGCACCAACUUGAACAACCUCUCCUUGAACCGGUGCAGAAUGACGGAAACCAAAGUUUUAAAUAUCUGUCUUCCUCGACUUUCUGAUCUUACACUUGUAUCUACACCCCCGGAUAUGGAAUUAGAGGAGGUUGUGAAUGUGGUUACACCUCAACUCAAGAAUCUCACAAUUAUAAGGUGCGAAGGGGAGCAUCUGAUUUCUGCACCUGGGCUUACCUCCUUGGUCAUAGAAGGUUCUCAGCCUUGGUAUGUUUCUACACCAUCAGGUUUCCAUUCUUUGGAGAAGGUUGAACUCUUUAUGUACGAUCCAUUCAAAGCAGAUAUUCAUAGAAUAGUUUCUCUGCUUCAGCAGCUCCAUAGUGUUAAGCUUCUUACACUUAACUUGGGGAUUCUCAAGCGUCUCUUUUCACAAAGGAAGCUAUAUCAAGAGUUCUUGCACCCCUCCAUAGUUUUAUGGUGUGUGUGUGUAUAUAUACACACACACACAUGGGUAGUUUAUUUUUGAUAAUCACAAAUAUUGUGUGAAUG